AGCGACUUUAGUUCAAAAUUGAUACUGUACAGAACGUCACAGCCUACUCUUUUUUCCUGGAUUCUGCCGUUACGUUCCACAAAUACAAAAGAUUUCUGUACUUGGUGUUUAAUUCUGACAUGAUGGAUGAAGAAGAGAAAUUCCCACUAGAAGAAAAUCAGUCCCAUAAAGAAAAAGUGCAAAAAAAUGGAUUAUGUGGAAUGAUUUUGAGCCCCUUUUACUGGUUGAAAAUGCUGAGUGAGCAAUUACACUGGAGAUUUGUGUUUGGAGUAGUGAUUGUGUAUGGAAUCAACCAGGGUCUUGGUAUGGGUUUGAGCCGUUUGAGUAUACAGUAUUACAUGAAAGAUGAGCAAAAAUUGCAGCCCUCUGAAGCUCAGUUUUACUCUGGAAUAAUUCAGAUUCCUUGGAUGGUUAAGCCCUUGUGGGGUCUUCUCACUGAUACAGUUCCUAUUCUUGGAUACAGAAGGAGACCCUACUUCAUUUUUGCUGGAAUUCUUGGCGCUACCUCGAUGAUUAUGCUAUCACUGGACAAGAACUUGCAGCUUGUACUUGCACUGGUUCUCCUUAUGGCAACUAGUACGGCGGUGGCAGUAGCAGACGUGACCAUUGAUGCCUGUGUGACUGAGAAUAGUAUAAGUCAUCCAUCUAUUGCUGGCGACAUGCAGAGUUUGUGUGGAGUGAGUUCCUCGAUCGGCCAAUUAAUUGGAUUCGCAAUUAGUGGUUUUCUAGUUCAUUUUAUUGGAUCAAAGGGUGUUUUUGGAGUUCUUAGUAUUCCUAUUGGACUGGUCAUUCUGGUUGGAAUUAUGAUUCGAGAUCCCUUUAUCCGAAACUUUUCUUAUAAGCAAGUGAACCAAAAGUUUCUUGAUGCUGGUAGGGCUCUGUGGAUGGCACUCAAAUGUUCAGUUGUUUGGAGGCCAUGUUUGUACAUGUAUCUAUCACUUGCAUCGAGUCUGCAUAUACACGAGGGAAUGUUCUAUUGGUAUACAGACGCAAAAACUGGUCCUUCUUUCUCGCAGGAAAUGGUAGGGUCCAUAUCAGCUGUUGGUGCCAUUGGAUCUCUUUUAGGGGUUCUUCUUUACCAAAAUGCUUUCCGGAAUUAUCCAUUUCGCCAUGUGCUUUUCUGGGCACAGCUUCUAUAUGGUCUUUCAGGCAUGCUUGAUUUGAUAUUGGUCUUGCGCAUAAACUUGAGGUUCGGUUUGCCAGAUUAUGUAGUAGUUGUAAUUGAUGCAGCUGUUUCCCACAUGAUUAGUCGACUCAAAUGGAUGCCUCUUCUUGUACUUAGCUCUAAGCUUUGUCCGUCGGGAAUAGAAGGGACAUUCUUUGCUUUGCUUAUGUCAAUUGAUCAUGUUGGUAUGCUCUCAGCAUCUUGGGCUGGAGGGCUCUUGCUCCACACUUUGAAUGUAACAAGGAAAACCUUUGACAACCUUUGGCUGGCCAUACUGAUAAGGAGCCUUUUCCGAGUUCUUCCACUGGGGAUUCUAUUUUUGAUACCCAAUAGUGAUCCAAAUGCAGCUAUCCUUCCAACCGAGAUGUUAAAGAAAAAAAGGAGUGAACUUAAAUUGGACAAUGAUAUGGAAAUGACCUCUCUAGUCAAUAAAAUUGACCAUAAUACGGCAAUUAAUUGAAUGGAGCUCAUGGAAAGGAUGUUUCAACAUAGAAACAGAGGAUUAUCAGUUGUUUUUCCCUGUAUUUCUAUCGAACUAUCAUUCACUAAACAUUUAUAUUUCCAACAGAGUAGCUCAAAGAUACUAACAAUCGCAUUGAAGAUGAAUCUGGUGAUCUAGUGAUGUGCAUUUCUCCUAUUGAGCCAUUAUAGUUCACAUUAAACCAUUGUUUUUUAUGAAGUAAAACUGUUUGAUGACACGGAUACACGAGUUUAGUUGGCCAUAGCCUGACACAAUUUGUAUCAAGUGGAAGCAAUUAGCUGGACCCCAGAGGAGAAAUCAAGAUUCCUUUUCUGACAUUGUCCAACUCAUCUAUGACAGAUCAGUGGUUGACAAGUUUGAGACAUUCCUAAGGUUGGCUCUCUUAUAUUUUAUGUUAAAGAAUUUGCAAAUGAUUCAGUGUUUCCUUUUAUUUUAAUAAUGAUAUUCUGAGAAAACAUAAUAGUAUCGGAUUUUUCUGAACAUGCAAUACAAAAUUCCUAUUUAUUUUACUUGUUGCAAUCCGAUGUA